AUGUUGCUGCGAACGACACUGCGGCCCAGGACACUGCGGCCUGCGGCAUGUCGCUCAAUUCGAUUUGCCACAACCAAACCACUUAUUCGCAUCAUCAAUGGAACCUUUUAUAAGCAAUAUCCGACCGCCGAAGAUUCAUCCAAUCCGCCCAUGUUCCCGAACCUCACCUUCACACUCCCCUCAAUACGCGUAACCAGGAUAGAAGCCAAUCGUCGAUUAUGGGCUAUAGUGGGUCCGUCUACACGAACUGAUCUCCUUCACAUCCUCGGCGGUCAACAUAUCUGCAUUCCGCCCCUCGCGCGUUCAUACCCACACUUACACACGGAGGAAGUCACGGACAAGGAUCCCCGGCUACGCUCGGAGUUGUAUGCGAUUCAAUAUCUUGGAUUCAAUGGAGAAGGGUCGGAGGCCAUUGGUGGGACUCGUGGCGCAUACCUUAGUGCUCGCUAUGAGAGCCAUCGGGAGGCAACUGACUGGACUGUACGGCAGUAUUUGCGCGGCCAGACCUCCUUGAACCCGAUGGAGGGCGAGGAAAAUGGCACAAUACAAGAUGAGGCAUUUCUUGAUAAGGUCAUCACCGAUCUUCAUUUAAAGGAUUUGCUCGAUAUGCCCGUGCAGAAUCUGAGCAAUGGCCAAACACGCCGAGCACGGAUUGCAAAGGCGUUGUUAGGAAAGCCGGAGCUUUUGCUCCUCGAUGAGCCAUUCAUGGGAUUGGACCCGGUUACUACCAGGAGUAUUUCUGAGCUUCUACAUACCCUCGUCAAGAAAUCCGACCCGCGCAUAAUUUUGGCUCUGCGGCCUCAAGAUAAAGUUCCAGACUGGAUCACGCAUGUUAUGGUCGUAGGCAAUGACCAUAAUAUCGUCCUGCAAGGUCCGAAGCGGCAAAUCGACGACACACUGACUGUGUGGUCCCAACUCAUCAACAAAACAGACGAGAACUUUUUGCGCGGACCACUGGAAAGACAGCGGAAAGCGAUAUACGAAAAAGCCGAAGCAGAUUUGAAAGCUGGUAUCCUGGACAAGGGAUUGGUUCGGGACUUGGUAGCGCCGAAGAAUGACCUCAAGCUCAAAAGACCUUCCGCGGAAGCGGGUGGAGAGCCCAUCAUCGAGAUGGAGGGUGUUCGUGUCCAGUAUGGGGACAAGGUUGUUCUCGGAGGCUGGAAGCAGCAGGUCAACAAAAAAACAAAAGAAGGUUUGCACUGGCGAGUUCGCCGAGGGCAACGUUGGGCGAUUCUUGGCGCCAAUGGCUCCGGCAAAACGACAUUGUUAUCAAUGAUCACAUCCGAUCACCCGCAGACAUAUGCGCAGCCUAUCAAACUCUUCGGUCGAUCCCGACUCCCUGAAAAUGGCGUACCCGGCAUUUCAAUCUUUGAACUCCAAUCUCGCAUAGGACACUCAUCCCCAGAAAUCCACGCAUUCUUCCCACGCCAAUUAACUGUCCGGGGAGCUCUCGAGUCCGCUUUCGCCGAGACAGUCCUAUCAAAACCAAAGCUCAAUGUCGAAAUUGACAAUCGCAUCAAUGCAAUGCUGCUUCACUGGAAGCCCGAACUAGACCCGAAUCACGCUUCAACCGCCGUUCCAAAAAUUUCGACGGAUCAUUUCCCGCAACUCGCAAAGAGCACCAAUGUGAAGGAAGAACACUAUGCGAUAGAUCACAUGGUUGGGUAUGCGGACGACAUCAAGUUCGGUGAGCUUACCGUCGCGCAACAGCGCAUUGUCCUCUUCUUGCGCGCCCUCAUCGCCAAACCGGAUAUCGUCAUUCUUGACGAGGCUUUCUCUGGACUCUCCGCCUCCCAGCGCGACAAAUGCAUGUGGUUCCUCAACGAGGGCGAGAAGCCGCUACAUCGUCACCCUGAAAGGGAUGAGACGCCUUACCUCCUCACCGGCCUUUCAGAUCAGCAGGUCUUGCUCACCAUCAGCCAUGUACCGGAAGAGAUCCCGGAUAUCGUGCGCCACUUCAUGCGCCUGCCGUCUGAUCCGGGCGCUGGCGUGGAGCCUCUCGAUUUCCGUCUUGGCAAGUUGCAGUCCAGAAAUGCUUUUAGAUUCCCUGAGACAUGGGAUGCGGCAUGGUCGCCUGCUUCUGAGUUUGAGACCCAUGCCAAUCGGGCCCGGCGCCGUAAGAAGGAGAUUGAGGCGGAAGACGAUAUGUAUGAGUUUAAAUGGUGGGCGCUUUAG